UGCCUGUUCAGACCCUGCCACCUCAAUUAGCCACCGCGUAGGUGGAGUAAUUCAAUCAGCAGAGCCUAGAUCACUGCCCCAGAGCCACUCUGCUCAAUCCAGACAGACUCACCACACUGACGGGCUGCUCUCUGAGGACCAGGAUACAAGAGGAAGAAUGACGGAGCGCUAUGACUGCCAUUAUUGUAAGGAGUCCUUGUUUGGGAAGAAGUAUGUCCUGCGGGAAGAGAACCCCUACUGUGUGAAAUGCUAUGAGAGCCUCUACUCCAACACCUGUGAAGAGUGCAAGAAGCCCAUUGGCUGCAACAGCAGGGAUUUGUCAUAUAAGGACCGCCACUGGCAUGAGGAGUGUUUCCACUGCUUCCAAUGCAAGCGCUCACUGGUGGACAAACCCUUCUGUACCAAGGAUGAUCAACUGCUGUGCACCGAGUGCUACUCCAAUGAGUAUUCUUCCAAGUGCCACGAGUGCAAGAAGACCAUCAUGCCUGGCUCCAGGAAGAUGGAGCAUAAGGGCAACAGCUGGCAUGAGACAUGUUUUACCUGUAAACGCUGCCAGCAGCCCAUUGGCACCAAGAGCUUCAUCCCUAAGGACAACAAUAACUACUGUGUGCCCUGCUACGAGAAGCAGUUUGCCAUGCAGUGUGUGCACUGCAAGAAGCCCAUCACCACUGGAGGAGUGACUUACCACGAUCAGCCAUGGCAUAAGGACUGCUUCCUGUGCACUGGCUGCAAGCAGCAGCUGUCUGGCCAGCGUUUCACUUCUCGCGAUGACUUUGCCUACUGCCUCAACUGCUUCUGCAACCUGUAUGCCAAGAAGUGUGCCUCCUGCACCAGCCCCAUCAGCGGCCUUGGAGGAAGCAAGUACAUCUCUUUUGAGGAGCGCCAGUGGCACAACGACUGCUUCAACUGCAAGAAGUGCUCAGUGUCUCUUGUGGGCCGAGGCUUCCUGACUGAGAGAGAUGACAUCCUGUGCCCUGAGUGCGGCAAAGACAUCUGAGACACGGAAGUUCUGACAUAACAGAGAAAUGCAGAGACAUGCAGCAUGGGUAAACACUAAUUAACCCAUAUGAAUCCUAAUCAUAACAAAAAAUAUUAACACCAGCAAUUACCACACUGUACAUAUAGGAACAGGCAAAUCCAUGUACUUCCUCUCCACUAACAGCUGCAGUAGUUGAUAAUAAUUAAGAUAAGAAAUAAUUGUCACAUAUUUUUGUCAUAGGUAUUUAUUGUCUAUAUAGGAUGAGCAGUAAAGCUUCAUGAUUAAACAUGUACACUUGGAAAGUAACUGCAAAAAAUAUGAACAUUAGAAAAAAAGUAAAAAUGAACUAUUAAGAUGUCUAUUAAUAAGCUAAUCUACUUACAGAUCUGGACUGAAGUCAGAAAGCAUUUAUAAGCAAGCCCUUCUUCCUCUUUGUCAGCAGUUUUACUAUGGCCUAACACAUUGCUAACUAACAGGAGAAUAAGGAAAAAGAUUCUGCUUUAUAUUUGUGAAGAUUUCCCAGUAACGACUGUGUGUAACCAAGAAUGCAAAUAAAAACAUUAAAACAA